AAAACAUUCCCAGUGCGGGUUUUGCACGGAGUUCCAUUAUUGGAUAGAUAGCGGUACCUACUGAAACUGGGAAAACCAGCUUCUGUCGGAUUCGGCGAAUUUAUCCAAAUAUACAGCGCAAAGACGAAACCUUACUGUCUUUGUUAUUCGACUCCGUAGCAGUUCCGCCAAAGAGGAAGUAGGUCAAACAGACGUUAUUUCCAGCUGUAACGUUAGCCAACGUUAGCUAUCAUGACUUCCACCGGGCCGCUGAUGGACAUGCAGCGGCCAAGGCACCGACCUUUCCUGAUCGGUGUGAGCGGAGGGACGGCCAGUGGCAAGUCCACAGUGUGUGCGAAGAUCAUGGAGCUUUUGGGGCAGAACGAGGUAGACCAGCACCAGAGGAAGGUGGCCAUCGUCAGCCAAGACAGCUUCUACCGCGUGCUCACCCCAGAGCAGAAGGCCAAAGCACUAAAGGGCCAGUACAACUUUGACCACCCAGAUGCUUUUGACAACGCACUGAUGUAUCAGACUCUGAAGGACAUAGUGGACGGGAAGGUGGUGGAUGUUCCCACCUAUGACUUUGUUACUCAUUCCAGAUUGCCAGAGACGAUAAGAGUGUACCAUGCAGAUGUGGUGCUGUUUGAGGGCAUCCUGGUGUUCUACCACCCCCACAUCAGAGACAUGUUCCACAUGAAGCUGUUUGUAGACACCGACUCUGAUGUCCGGCUGUCCCGUCGAGUUCUUCGGGACAUGAAGAGAGGUCGAGAUCUGGAGCAGAUCCUGUCUCAGUACACCACCUUUGUCAAACCUGCCUUUGAAGAGUUCUGCCUUCCUACUAAGAAGUAUGCCGAUGUCAUCAUUCCACGUGGAGUUGACAACAUGGUGGCCAUCAAUCUCAUCGUCCAGCACAUUCAGGACAUUCUGACCGGUGACCUCUGCAAGUGGCAGAGGGGUGGGGCCAACGGCCAUGUUUAUGGGCGGGCCCUGAAGCGGGGUAUCCCAGAGGAGGAGACGGUGUCCAACGGGGACAGCAGCAGCGCACACGCUCUCGCACCUAGCAAACGACCCUUACUGGAACCCAGCACACGUCCACACUGAGGAGGGAGCCAGCAUGCAUGCAAGUACACACACACGCACACACGCGCACACACACACACACAUAGACUGGUGGGGUAUUCCUAAAAAGUGGUUCUCUAGCAAACCGGGUUACGUUAAUCUGGGCAUAGUGGCAUAGCUCUUUGAAGAGCCUAGAGUUCUCAUUUUCUUAUCUAAAUGAUGCCUGCAGGGUAUCUCUUUAAAAGGUUUACCACAUUGUGUUGGUUAACUUGGUCAGGUUUAUCACUUACUGUACCCAUUUGAUUGGAAUACCCCACUGGGCCAAGCCUAGAGUAGUAAAGCUACCUGGGUUUGGCAAGACCAUCCACAUACUGAUGUGCACACAGAGAAUGCCUGUUACUUGAGCGUAGUACACAAACACACAUUCACUGUCUUUUUAAUCACAUCAAGAAUCACUGCAUCCGUUAUCACAUAUCGUCCCUUUACAUAAUAUCACACACUUGAAGAAAAAAAACACCCGGAGUAAGGUGUAAUCUUUAUUUAUAAAAGCCUGUUCCUCCAAGGUGAGGAAGUGUUUCAUCAGCGUUGCUGAUAUGUUACUGAAAUGCCUUCAUGUGAAUGUUUCUUUGUGUCUCAGUGGAGCGCUCCCGAGUGUGUCUCGGGGUGCCUUGCCUUCUACUGUGUACAGUAGCUCCUAAUCUCUAGGAGCCAUCUCUUCUCUUUGCCAGGGCAGCUGGAAUAAAAUAGCCAGGAAUGAACAGCAGGUUGUGGUGCAGAGAACUGAAUUAACUGAACACUGGAUGAGAAUAUGCAGUGGCUCUUCUAUGGCAGGGUCACAUGAAUGAUGACACAAUAUUCUUACAGUCGGUGUGAUGUCACCUUUUUGGAGGAAAAUAAUUGCACUGGUUAGUUGAAGGUACGGAGUUAUUUAACAAAUACGCCUCAUGGUUGGUUGGCUUGUUGGCCUUGGCCCCCAAAAUGGGCGUUGCUAAGCGAAGUGACUGACAAAGAAGAAUCAGAAUCAGCAAGAAUCAGCCCAGUGUUUCCUCGAUUGGGCAUCAUCACAUGGAAUAUGACAUCAUAUGAUCAUUUGUGUCUAAAAGUUAGCAUGUCAGAUUUGUGACUGAAACGCAUGAAAUGCCUGUGAAAAGUGAUUUUGUCACCAUCAGGCGAUGUGCACCAAAUAAUGAUGUUCUGAAUCACUCUAUAUUAAGAUGAGAUUUUUUGGUUUUAAUUUCUUAUUGUGCCCACAAGGUGAAUCCUAAACAUCAUUUAUGAAAGACAAAGUAAUUGUUUAAUCAGACCCUGCCAGAAGAGAAGCAGUAUUGCACAGCGUUUAGAAAUUAUAAUGCCUUACCCAACCAAUAUUUGCUCCAGCUAAAUCAGCUUAGUAGUGAAAUCAAGUUUCAAUUGCACAGGUGACACAGCUUUUAUGAUUGUGUAGGUAAUUUCAAUGAAUUAAUGAAACUUUUACUUAUUAGUUGGAGCAAGAUUGCAGUAAGGGAUUGUAUAAUUUCUGAAACCAGAUGGCCCAACACUGGUUUUGAGGGAUGUUUGUUUGAACCCGUUCGGAAGCUGCUGGUUUUUUUUCUGGUUUGAAGCAGGGUUUUUUCCACUUCUGAGCUUCCUUUAUGUUGAGACUGAUUUUUGAUUUGUUACCUGUAACUUAUUUUCUUGUGAAAAUGUCUUGUGUACCAUCACGAUACAAACUGUUAUCAAGUAAUUUAAAAAUACUGUACAGUCUUCCAAUGGAAAAUCCAUAUGAUUGACUCGUCCAUUUUUUAAUUAUAUCAUUUCCAUUCUUUGUAAUAUAUUCACACAAAUAAAUAAAGGCUGAAAAGUA